GAUGCAAGCCAGCCUCCCCCCCACCGCCCAAAGCCACAAACCAGGUCAGUGCUGCUGUGGUUGGAUAUGCCACUAAGUCUAGGACCACAGGUACCAUUGAAACGUGUCUGCUCCCCACGGGGCCCCUCCAUGCACCCUUCCCACGUCUGUGCCCGUCCCACAGGGACCUCGUGUUGUGUUGAAAGGAUUAAAUAACCAUACAUGCAUAUCAUACUCCGUUGCAUGGUGUCCCCCAAACACGCGUGUCCCCUAGAAUCUCAGAAUGUGACAUUACCUGGAAUAAGGUAACCUCAUCAGUGCAGAUGAGGUCAUCCUGGAUGAGGGUGGGCCCUGGGUCCAAUAAGCCGUCUUACAAGGGGAGGAAGCAGACACAAGCGAGGCAGGCAGAGUCACCACGUGACCCGGGGGCAGAGGUAGGAGGGAUGCGUCUACCCGCCAGGGAACAGCAAGGCCGCCUCGAGCUGGGAGGGGCAGGAAGGACUCUCCCAGAGCCUCCAGAUGGAGCGAGGUGCUGCCUACACCUUGAUUUAGGCUCCAGCUGCAGAAAGGCUGCAGGGAUGCCCACACUAGCAUGAGGGGCCAUGGAAGCAUUCACUGCCACUCCUCCUGUGCCCACAAGAACUCUGCCACUCUGGAUUCCAGGUGGGAUGAAGUCACAAUAAAAUUCCACCUGCAUCAGGGUCCACCAGCUCCCAAAGGGAAGUACCUAGAAGGCCCCUUCCUCCCCAGGGGUAGAUGGAAGUGUUCUCUUGCUGGGUUUCCAUAGCUCCUGACCCCAGCGACCCACAGGGAGGAUGCCGAGCCCUUGGCCGGCCCAUGGGGCGCACACUGCCGCUGGUCAGUUUCCCAGACGCCCACACCGAGCCUGUGUCCCAGCCUCGCAGCUCAACCUCUCGGGUGGGCACCGCCCCAGAGACCCCACCGCGGGCCGGCUGGCAGCCCCCCACCCAAGCCACCCCUUCCUGGGGCACCAUGGAGGGCCCUCAGCUGCCACCUGCAUCUCCAGAACCGAGCUCAGAGGCCACCCACUCGCUGGGGAGACGUUGCCAAGUGGGGCCCAGGGGGGCUGGGCUGCAGCUGUUUCAGGGGCUUUUCUUCCAGAGCGAGGCCUCUGAGUCUCACUUCCUCCCUGCUGUUGGGAGUUUUGCCAAAGGCAUUGAACGCAGCCCCACCUCCCUCCUGGACCUGCCCCCACCUCCGCAGAGCGCGGUGCUGUCCUUCGGUCUGUGCCCAGACAAAGCCUGCAGAAGCCAGGGGCCGGCCCCCGUGUGCGUGCAGGUCUGCCUGCUCCAGCACGUUGUGUACACGCAGGCCCGCUCCUGCACAGGAAGGCCUGCCCGGGCCGGGUCACCCAAGGUCCAAGGUCGGGGGAUGUCUGUUCUGCCAGCUCCCAGAGUCCCGGGCUCCGCGCUGCAUGGCUCACCCUGCCGACCGGCUGGGGCAGACUCUCUUCUCCAGCAGGCUGGGGUGGGGAGGCCAGCCACGGGGCCUGCCGGCGCGCACGCACUGCCUGCAGAGACCUCCCUCGUCUCCCUGGCCUCCCCCGCCUCUGGAGGCAUCUGUCUCUCCACGGAAAGAAGGUCACACUGGAGGAGGGACAAGAACAGAAAGGGAGAGGAAACAAAACCUCCAGAAACGGGGCACGUGCAUGGGAAAACAGCCUCCAAGUUUCCCCUGGCAGCAGCCUCCAGAUCCCUGCAGGCCCAGCGUCCUGCCCCAGCCCUGGAUGGUGGUGACAACAGCCCUAUCCACCGGCAGACACUCCCCAUUAUGUGCUUCCCUUGGGAUUAACUUGAUACCGUAUGCGGUCACUGCAGGAACGGGUUUGCCAUCGUCAAUAGCAGUGAUUUGCCCCAUUUCGUGUGUUCCAUUGCCGAGCUGUGGUCACGGCGUGAGGAGGGGCUGGCGGGAGCCGGGGGAGCCCGGCGGAGUGCUGAGUCAUUAACUGCGCGAUUAACGGUCCUCAGCUGGGUGGUCACGGGACCCCAGGCCUGGGAUGGGUGGGCCUUCUUGAGGUCCAAGGGUGGGGGCCCCACUCUCAACUGGCAAGGCAUCCGGUGGGGGCCUCUCAGGAGCUGGAUCUGAGAUCAAGGGGCCCUCUGCCUGCCCUCCUUCCAGCCUGGCCCUGCCUCCAUGGACAGCCGUGAACCCAGAUGCGCGGGCCAGACAGGAGAGGUCCUCACUGAGUCCUCUCCCUGGAAACCUCACGGACGUCCUCUCCGCUCCGCACCACCACCAACACCCAUGCCAUUGUCAACAGCACCCCAGAUGCCAACCCGGAAGCCGCCAUCAUCACCACGGCAACGUCCCCAGCGUGCGAAGUACAGCAUCUGUGGACUAGCGGUAUCAUCCGCGGGGCCCAGCGCGCAGGGAAACGGUGCCAUUAUGGGCCCCAAAUGGGAAGUCUCUCUUUGAGCCUCCGUCCCUGUCCGCUCGUCUGCUGGUUCCCACCUGGCAUUUGAUGCCAUUCUCACUAAAUAAAAAUUAAAAUUACUAGCGUGAAUUUUGCUGUGUUUGUUUUAGGUACUGCCCGCGUUUAGUGCCCAUCUGGGAGCGUGGAGUCCACAUCCUGCAUCACCAAAACCCCGUGGAUCGUCUUGUCCGGCUCAUCCCAGACGGUGCCUCCAGCUGCCGGAGAGAAAAUGCAAACCCGCCCAGGGAGAGGACCCCAAACUCGGAGCCUGUGUGAGGGCUGUUGACAGAUGGCGAGUUUGACAGGAACUGUGAGGCUCAGCAGGCCCUCAGGUCAGGACACGGAGAAGAGCGCACUCCUCGGGGGCCCAGAGGGGAGGCUUGCUCAGGGUCCAAGGCUGGGUGGUUUGCCCACAGACGGAGCCCCUCGGGCGGGUUGCUUACCCCCAGCCCAGGAAUUGGCUAGUCCUGGGAGGGGCAGCCCCUCCAGGGGCAGCGAGCACCGCACCCCCCCACCAUGUCCAUAAUGCAGGAACAGACGAUGCAGCUAGUGGACGGAGAGCCCCAGGCAGGGGGAUUUCUGUGGGACCCAUGUGGACCCUCCCACAUGGGCCAGCCCUGGGACCUGACAAUUGCUUGCCCACCCCCCACUCCCCAGUCCGACAGACGGGGCAGGAUUGGGGGGAGUCGGACAAGGCGUCCCCCCCCCACAAGCCCACACCACCAUCCACAACAGAUGGGUGACCCUGAAGGAAUUUAAAUCUCCCCAUUGGGACAUAUGUGGUUCCUGAAUGAGGACACGGUGUUCUGGUGACCCCCACCAGCCCUGCCGGCAGCCAGGGGAGGGGCAAUGCAGGAGGAGACACUGCGGGAGGGGGGAGCCCCCUCCCUGUCGCUGUCCCUGACCCUGACCCCUCUGCCCACGCCCAGGCCCCUGUGGGGGAGACCAGCCAGCGUUUGGGACCCGGGGCAGGGGAGAUGGUGGUCAGGAACCUGUCCCAGGGAGGGCCGUGCCCUGGGCAUACCCUCCUUUGUCCCAUUGGACUUCAUCACAAAACAAACACCAAGACAAAACCGAUAAAGUUUUCAAGACUUCGGCCAGGGAGCAUUAAAGUACAGCAAGGUCUCUUCAAGACAGGCUGUGCACUGCUCCCAAGGGGUGGCUUUGCAGAGAUGGUUUGGGUCAGGGAUCCCAGGAGAGCUGUGCGUCCCUGCCACGGAACAGCUGUGCAAAGACCCUGCGGUGGUGGGGGGGAAGUGAGCAAGGGGGAGGCAACAGGUGUGCCUGAAAUGCAAAUUGCACGGCAGCUGGCGGGGAGUGGAGUCAGGGAAAGGCGCCUACGAGUGCAAGGGGAAGGGUCUUGGAAAGAGACCGCAGCUAGGCAGGAGAAGGGGCUGCUGGCUGAGCUGGGGUGUGGACAGGAAGUGCCUUCCUAGGAGCAGCAGCCCGCCCUCUGGGAGGGUGGGGGGGAGCUGGUCACAGGUCAGAGGCGGAGGCUGCACCCUGCAGGCCUGGGAGAGCCCUCUUCCCCCGGCUUGGGCUUCGCUUCUCUCACCGAAACAGGAAGCGAGGUCUCAAGAGAGAGUGGGGGCGGGGGCGGGGGCGGGGGCCGCUGGAUGAGAGAAGUCCCUCUGUCCAGCGGCCUCGGCGCAGCCCGCAGCCCAAAGAACUCACGGGAGCUCCGUGGCCUUGAGCCCAGAGGGAGAUCCGGCAGCGCUGACGUGUGAAACAAAGGCAAGAAGAAUAAAAAACUGG